AUGGCAGCCUUUGCCCUGGAACCCCAGGCCACCACGUUGGGAUCUGAACCAAUGAUGCUGGGUUCACCUACGUCUCCAAAACCAGGGGUUAAUGCCCAGUUCUUACCUGGGUUUUUAAUGGGGGAUUUGCCAGCACCAGUGACUCCACAGCCUCGAUCAAUUAGUGGCCCUGCAGUAGGAGUAAUGGAAAUGAGAUCACCUUUAAUUGCAGGUGGGUCACCACCACAACCAGUUGUACCAGCUCAUAAAGAUAAAAGUGGAGCUCCACCAGUUAGAAGUAUAUAUGAUGACAUUUCUAGUCCAGGACUUGGGUCAACACCUUUAACCUCAAGAAGACAGCCAAACUUAUCAGUAAUGCAGAGUCCUCUUGUUGGAGUUAUGUCAACUCCUGGAACAGGGCAAAGUAUGUUUAGUCCAGCAAACAUUGGUCAACCACGAAAGACAACAUUGUCUCCUGCGCAGCUGGAUCCUUUUUAUACUCAAGGAGAUUCUCUGACUUCUGAAGAUCACCUCGAUGACACAUGGGUAACUGUGUUCGGGUUUCCUCAGGCAUCUGCUUCCUAUAUAUUAUUACAAUUUGCACAAUAUGGGAAUAUCUUAAAACAUGUGAUGUCUAACACUGGAAAUUGGAUGCAUAUUCGUUAUCAAUCUAAACUGCAGGCUCGGAAAGCCUUAAGCAAAGAUGGGAAGAUUUUUGGCGAGUCCAUUAUGAUUGGUGUAAAACCUUGUAUAGAUAAAAGUGUUAUGGAAAACAGUGACAGGAAUGCUGUAUCAUCUUCAUCUCUAGCCUUUACACCACCAAUCAAGACCUUAGGAACACCAUCCCAGCCUGGAAGUACUCCUAGGAUAUCCACCAUGAGGCCUCUUGCUACAGCAUACAAAGCUUCGACUAGUGACUAUCAGGUCAUUUCUGACAGACAGACGCCAAAAAAAGAUGAAAGUCUUGUAUCCAAAGCAAUGGAGUACAUGUUUGGCUGGUAG